GUAGGUCCUUCCAGCCACUGUGUUGAGGUACAUGAGGUAUUCAAAAUUGCUGAUCUCCCUUUUCUACCAGAAGAGACACGAGGAGACAAACCAAACAUAUCUGAUACCUUUCUGAGAUCAUUCGGACUUAAGCCUCAGCCCCCAAGAAAAAACCUAGACUCCAGGAUAAGAACACAGAGGGUUCCCCACCACCACUACCAUCACUGGUGAACAACUAUUACCUGCCACCUCUGCAGCAUGGUCCUAUCGAAGCCCGGGUGUCUCCUGUGGUCCAGAAAAACACAGUGUGAUUAAAUAUCCAAGACAGGAACAUGAAUAUGGAAAACAGAGAUUCCUGGAGAUUUUGGGAGCCAGGGCAUUCUGGAAAUCCCCAGACUUCUACAAGCAUGUGGCAGUUUUCAGAGAUCAGCAUUAUAGUCUUGUCUCUUCUUGCCUCAGACUGCCUACUGAAGAAACAUUCUAGAACUCUGCCUAUGGUCAUUUGUGAGGUUUCUCUAGAGCAGAAUGGAAUUGGGGAGAGCAAAUGUUCUCCUCUCCCAUCCUCUAGAUCAUCGGCUAUGAGCUCCAAGGAAGACCCAUCCUUUCUGUUACCAUCAGAGAAAGACACCAUUACCAAAUGGUGGUAAGACAUCCAACCAAAAGCUGGAGUCAAGAUUAUGCAGAUUAACUCCAAGUCCCAAGACUCUUGUUGCCUGGAGACAAAGUUUCAACAGUGAAGGAGCUUAAGGACAUAAAGCAGAUACAUCAUAACUAUGUGGGAUGAGGUAUGACAUUUCAGUGCACACACACUCAAAGUAUAAGAAACAGGCAGAGAGCCUACCGUAUAGCAGUUUCAUGUGACUUCUUCCUCAAACUCAUCACCGUCAACUCGGGAAGUACAUCCUUCAAAUACACUCCCAUACUUAGAGACCAUGGCCAAAGGUGGGAAAGGCCCCAAGGGCAAAAAGAUCACCCUUAAUGUAGCAAAGAACUGCAUCAAAAUCACAUUUGAUGGGAGAAAACGUCUUGAUCUGAGCAAGAUGGGAAUCACUACCUUCCCCAAAUGUAUCUUGAGGCUCAAUGAUAUAGAUGAGCUCGAUCUGAGCAGGAAUAUGAUCAGAAAACUUCCCGACUCCAUCUCCAAGUUCCAGAACCUGCGAUGGCUCGACUUGCACAGUAACUAUAUUGAUAAGCUCCCUGAAUCUAUUGGCCAGAUGACCUCCCUGCUCUUCCUCAAUGUCAGCAACAACAGGCUGACCACCAACGGGCUGCCUGUGGAGUUGAACCAACUCAAGAAUAUCCGCACUGUGAAUCUGGGCCUUAACCACUUGGACAGUGUGCCCACCACACUGGGGGCCCUGAAGGAGCUCCAUGAGGUGGGGCUGCAUGACAACCUGCUGACUACUAUCCCUCCCAGCAUCUCCAAGCUCCCUAAGCUGAAGAAGCUCAACAUAAAGAGGAACCCCUUCCCAAAUGCAGAUGAAGCAGAUAUGUUUGUAGACUCCAUCAAAAGGCUAGAAAACCUCUAUCUGGUGGAAGAGAAGGAUCUGUGUUUGUCCUGCCUGCAGAAAUGCCAACAGGCCAGGGACAAGUUGAACAAAAUCAAGAGCAUGGCCCCUUCUGCACCGAGAAAGGCCAUCUUUUCCAAUUUGGUUUCACCCAACUCAACGGCCAAGGAUUCCCAGGAAGAAUGGAGGUUACGCUCACCAUCCAACUCCUAGAAUAGCUUAUGGCAAAAUACACGAAGACCAAUCAGCUAACAGAAAUAAACGACUCUGAAGAGGAAAAGUCCCAAAUUAGAAGACAGAGUGGCACAGGGAACAUUAUGGAAGACAGGCUCUCCGGUGCUGCCCAAGUCACUGAAUUACUUUGUUUACCUUGUUUCUAUGCUACCUGUUUGCGGAAAUGUCCUUGAAAGAUUAUCUCAUGUAGUUUUCUAGAUGUAUGUUAAGAAAACAUGUAAGGAGGUUGUAGAUAUACAUUGAUAGACAAUUAAAGACUUCAAAGUCUACAGUAAGACUGAAAAGUCUUUCGUUCUCUACAUGUCACUCAAAAUGGUACAAUACCACCACCAGUAACUUGUGAAAAUUACAUGUAUAUAAUUAUAGACAUUGAGGAGCCAAGACACAUGUAAAAAUACACACCUAGAGAAAUACAUGCACACUAUGAAUAAAUCGAAGUAGAAUUUUAACCAUUCUCUUAGUUGUACACAAAAAGGUAGCAAAAGGAAAACAGAAGAAAAAAAAUCACAGACAAAAAUUAAAAGGGCCUUGGGUUCUAACAUUUUAAUAAUUACACUAAAUGUAAAUGGUUAGUUUUAUUUGUAGUGGCUCUAGAAACAACCAAACGGCUUUUAAUCCACAAGUAGAUGAGCAAAGUCAGGUGUUAUAUCUUACAUAGAGAGUACUAGUCAGCAAUAAAAGGAAACGGACUAUUUGAAAUUACAGCAACUUGAACAGAUCUCAGUGGUGGUAUUCCGGGCUUUAAAGGGCCAGUCUCCAAAAUCUGCACACUCUGUGACAAUAUUUAUAGAAUAUAAAACUGGAUAAUUCAGUGGUUAAACCACCUGCUCCAUGGAGGGUGGGGAGUAGAUGACACAUGUAGGGAGACUCCAGUGUUUUACAACUUCCUAUGAAUCUACAGUUACUUUAAAAUAAUUACAGCCUAGACUCAAUAACAGGCAUAUCUUUGUACCUCUCUCCAGUACCUACUUAAGAAUCACUAUGGCAUGGUUAAUGUGAUACUCUAGCAUACCCAGUAAGCCCUGAGCUGUAUGUAAUUCUUCAGCCAUGCCAUAGAGUUAAGGCACUUCAAGCAAAGGAACACUGUACCUUCAGCUCACUGGACUCAUUUGAAAGUACUCAUUGUUGAUUGUAUCCUUGCAUAUUCUAAUAGAUUU